AUGCCUCCAAAACCUAGCGGGACGGUGCGUCAAAGUGUUGCCACAUUGAAUCUAGCUCGGGCAUUCCACGAGCAUAUCCACGGGCUGAAGAGAUCGAGAAGGAUGGGAGAGAGUAGCACCGACGUGGAAGUGCUAGAAAAGCUUAGCGAACUUACCGACAAAGCUGCACACGUCCUACAUGGCUUGUUGAAUGGGUGUCGUCCCAUCAAUCGUCUACCACCUGAGGUUCUCGCUACCAUUUUCUACUUCGUGCCUCGACCCUACUCGUUGCCCACACAACUCACGACGUUCCAUGCACAAGCACUUAUUCACACCGUCGACCUCCUUCCGAUAACUGCAACAUGCCACCAUUGGCGUGAAGUCGCUUUGCACACUCCGCGGCUGUGGUCCACGAUCGUUAACAACAGCUCCAACGUACAUGGAAGACCUCCGCUUUAUACUCGCUACUUGCAUCGCUGCUCUCAUGGACCUCUCAACUUUUACCUCGCCCACAAUCCCUCUCCAGAAACAUUGUCCCUCUUGGGUGAACAUAACCUUCGUGUUCAAGAGGCCUUCUUCGCUUCCAUCGAAAGUCCUAGCUCCAUCAAUAUCAUUGCGUCCACAUCACUACCUGGUCUUCGGAGCUGCAUCUUCACUAGCUGCUUAUCAGACCAUCCUGUAGUGCCCCUUAUACCAGGCGGGUGCCCUAGACUGGAGUCCCUGUCGUUGACAAACACCACGUUCAUACCAUCCUCCGGCUUUGCAUCACUUAUCAGGUUACACAUCGAACACCCUCACGGCGGGUCCCAAAGCUCCAGCUAUUCCCUAGGAGAUCUGUUCACUUUCCUGUCUGGAUGCUAUGCCUUACGGACGCUGUACUUGGUCGGCAUCGGAGCAUCCGAUGUCAAACACACCGAUACCGGGCAAGGCUUCGUGGUGCUGCACCAUCUCGAGAGACUCGCACUAUUAGAGAACACCCUCCACGGCCUCCAGGAAGCCAGGAUCAGGCAGAUGGACUUCUACCGAACGUUCCUUUCACGCCUCUCUAUCCCAAAUUCGUGCGUGAUGCGAUUUGGAGAAGUCCUUCCCUCCGAUAUAUCCAGUUGUAUGGACGUCGCUGGCCUGACAGACGGCCCUACGUUCUGGCGCAUACAUCACGACGGGAACGCCCUAUACGCUCGCGACCCAAACCUGCUCUGCCUCCAAGUGUUCAACGCGGCGCAGGGCCGCUAUAUUCGGCUCGACGUUAGGACUCCCCCGCUCGAAGGCCCAGUCCCGGAGGACACUCUCCAUCUUUCCACCGCCCUCUCGCAGGCGUCCGUCUUCGCUAACGCGCGCGAAGUAUGGACAGAGUCCAGUGCAGAAUGGGUGUGGAAGACGGGACCCGAGAGCCUCCUCUCGCACAUGUCCCAGCUCGAGUCCCUCGUCAUCUGCAGGGACCCCGAGCAAACGGUCAGCCUGUCCGACUCCGGGAUCCUCGAUGCGCUCGAGGUGAAGGAGGGCACGGCGCCCGAGGACAUAGCCUGCCCGCUGCUCACGACGCUCCGCGUCGACUGUGUCACCGACGACGACGCGGUGUGCGCGCUGCGGCUCGCGGCGUCCCGCGCCGCCGCGGGCCGUCCGUUGACGCGGGUCGUCCUCGGCCGCGCUUUGUGGCCCAGGAAGAGGUCGGGCAUGCUGCACGUCUACGACAGCGCGGGCGAGGUGAUCAAGGUGGGGAAUAUGCGCGCGGAUGGGCUGUGGGACCACUGGAUGUCGCAAUUGUCGUCCAUCUGCUUGGACGAGUCAGAGGACUGCGAGCCGUACUGGCGUUCGUGGAGGUGGGACCCGACGACUACCGAGUAUAUGAAAUGGUGUCAGCUGGGGUUGGGCAUGUGAGCUGUGCGGCAGUCCUGUACCCACAGGGCCUGCAGGUGAUUACUCUCGUUCGCGUCGUAUGCCUGAUGUAUAUGUAGCAUGUGAACCAGGGGCUGUUAUGAUAGCCUACACACCAUAGCUAGGUAAAGGUUGUACCGUUGCGUGGAAAUGUGGAGACGCC